UGACUGUCAGCUUAUCGAUAUGUCGAUAACCAUAGAAACGACGCGAAAGAAUCAAGAAGAAGAGAGAAGCGAAACAGAACGCAUUAGCUGAGGAAAUAAAUUAUUUAUAUGAUGUCCGACGCGGAGCAGGAACAGAGUGGCGUUGGGGAUAUAGAGGAGGAAGAGCAGGACCUGGGCCAAGGCCAAGAGCAAGAGCAGGAGCAGGAACUGGAGCAGCACCACGGCGAAGAGGAGAUGGGCGAACCCGGAGGUGAGCAGGCGGGAGAAGAAGAAGUCUACACUAUUCAGGCGGGACCGCCCCGGACGCCGGUAGACGACGCGGCGGCGGAGCUGAACUCCAGUCUGGACAUCAGCAGCUCGGAUCAGUCGGCGGAGUAUCAAACCCUGGAUCUAACUUGUGCCAAGGCUGUGCGUGAGGAAGGGCUUCCCGCGGCUGAAGCGGAAGCGGAGGUGGAGCCGGAGGCAGUGGCGGAGGCGGAGGCCGACGCGGAAUUGGAAGGGCCCCCUCCCAAACGCGAAAGGAUGCACACCAGCCCCAUUUCCGAGGACUACAGCAACCCCAGCCGCAGUUCCACCUCCUCGAGCAGCGGGGACAGCUGCUCCCGCUACGACGAAGUCAGCGAGGGGGAAGUGGAGGUGGUGCCGGAGCAGAUGCAAAUGCAGGAAGAAAUUAUGCCAGAGAUGGAGCCAGCGGAGAUAGAGACUGUGGAGACGGACGAGCCAGCAGAUCCGGAGCUGGACGAGGACAUGGAGACGGAGGACGUGCCCUCGCCGAAUACGGUGGUGUGCAUGAGCGACAUCGACGAUUUGUCCCACGCUCCCACCAAAGCCAUCAUAACGGAGGUGGUUACCAUUCCCGCGCCACUGUGUCUAAAGCUGCCACUGGGUCCUCCGGCCCCGCCACCACCUCGAGGGGGCAUGAAUGAUAUCCCAGACACGCCGGCCUCGCCCACGGGAGCGGGCGCAGGUACAUCCAUGGCCAUUCCGUCGUAUCUAGGUGGCCGCUACGUCUACGAUAGGAUCACGGAGCUGCAGCAGUCGUCGAUGUUUGCUAUGCCACCUCGUCUGGCGCCGCGGGAUCCCCGCCAGCGCAUUAUGCCGCCUCCGAUGCCCAUUGGAACGGUGCUCAGCGCCAACAUUGAGACCAUCUCGGACGACAGCAACCAGGGUGAGGAGAGCAGCAGCGAGGAGGAGGAGGAGGAGGACGACGACUGCAUCGCCGUAGAGAACGACAGCACCUCGGGGGAGGCGACGGCCGCCACAGCCGAUCCGAUGCUCCAGAAGAUCGACAUUAGCGAGAAGUCCGAGAAAAUCUACUACAUACGACGCGACGAUGGCACCGUCCACGCCGGGCAGGUGCUGCAGGUUCGCAGCUCGGACAACUCUGCCUCGCCGGACGAGUACUAUGUGCACUACGUGGGACUCAACAAGAGGUUGGACGGCUGGGUGGGUCGCCACCGCAUUUCCGACAACGCCGAGGACCUGGGCGGGGUCACGAUGACGCCCCAGCAGGCUGCGAUAAACGACCAGCCUGGCACGAGCAGCCAGAUGCUGGCCCAACAGGCAGCAGCGGCGGCGGCGGCUACGGCGGCUGCGGCGCAGCGACCGAAGAGGGCGGGCAACAAGGACUACUAUCUGUCGAAGUGCGAGACCAAUCGCUAUGACUACAGCGACCGGAAGAUGACCCGCUACCAGAAGCGGCGCUACGACGAGAUCAACCACGUCCAGAAAAGCCACACCGAGCUGACGGCGUUGGAGGCGGCGCUGGAGAAGGAGCACGAAUCGAUCACCAAAGUUAGGAACAUUGACAAGCUCCAGUUCGGCAACUACGAGAUAGACCCCUGGUACUACAGCCCGUUCCCGGGGCAGUACGGCACCGCCAAGACGCUCUACGUCUGCGAGUACUGCCUGAAGUACAUGUCGCUGCGGAAGAGCUAUGCCUACCACCAGUACCAGUGCGAGAAGCGGCGGCCGCCGGGCAGGGAGAUCUACCGCAAGGGCAACAUCUCCAUCUUCGAGGUGAACGGAAAGGAGGAGCCGCUCUACUGCCAGCUGCUCUGCCUGAUGGCCAAGCUCUUCCUCGACCACAAGGUCCUCUACUUCGACAUGGACCCGUUCUUCUUCUACAUACUGUGCGAGACGGAUCGCGAGGGCAGCCACAUCGUGGGCUACUUCUCCAAGGAGAAGAAGUCGCUGGACAACAACAACGUGGCCUGCAUCCUGGUCCUGCCGCCCCACCAGCGCAAGGGCUUCGGCAAGCUGCUUAUCGCCUUCAGCUACGUGCUGUCCCGCAAGGAGGGCGUGAUCGGGAGUCCGGAGAUGCCGCUGUCGGACCUGGGCAGGCUCAGCUAUCGCAGCUACUGGGCGUACACGCUGCUCGAGCUGAUGAAGAACCGGUGCUCGCCGGAGCAGACCACCAUCAAGGAGCUGAGCGAGAUGAGCGGCAUCACCCACGACGACAUCAUCUACACGCUGCAGUCGAUGGCUAUGAUCAAGUACUGGAAGGGCCAGAACGUGAUCUGCGUCACCGCCAAGACCAUCCACGACCACCUCCAGUUGCCGCAGUUCAAGCAGCCGAAGCUCACCAUCGACCUGGACUAUCUCGCGUGGAAGCCGCACAACACGGCGUCCACUUCCCGGCUGUCCGGAGUCUCCGGCUGAGCUCUCCCCGCAAUCGUAUACAUUUUUUUUUAUAGAAUAACCAAUUUUAUUUUAUAGUUUGUAGCUAUAAACAUAAAUACAUUCGUACUCGUAAGAAAUUCAAAUAGGCUGUUGUAACGCAAUCAGGUUUAUGAUUUAUUCAAAAACACGACAUAAAUUCCCCCCAACUCAA